CAUUGAUUCAAGUAUGAACUCCAUCAAUGAAAUCCCAAAACCCAAACUGAAGCCGGUGAUCAUCCGAGAAGUGUGGGCCUUCAACUUAGAAGCUGAAUUCCAACUCAUCCGCGGACUCAUCCAUCGCUACCCUUUCAUCUCCAUGGAUACUGAGUUCCCCGGCGUCAUCUUCAAGCCCGCCGAACCCCACAACCACCACAACCUCCGCCCCGCUGAUACCUACCGUCUCAUCAAGGCCAACGUGGACGUGCUCAACCUCAUCCAAGUUGGCCUCACCCUCUCCGACGCUGCCGGCAACCUCCCCGACCUCGGCACCGACGACUGCACGUUCAUCUGGCAGUUCAACUUUCGGGACUUCAACGUCACUCGCGACGCCCACGCUCCUGACUCCGUCGCUCUGCUCCGAAACCAAGGGAUUGACUUCGCACGCAAUGCUGCCGCCGGCGUCGAUUCGGCCCGCUUCGCUAGGUUGAUGAUGUGGUCGGGGCUUCUUCGCAACAAUGCUGUGAGCUGGGUCACGUUCCACUCGGCGUAUGAUUUUGCUUACUUGAUCAAGAUUCUGACUCGCCGGAGCCUUCCGACUAGACUGGAGGAUUUCUUGAGGUUCGUGAGGGUGUUUUUCGGAGACAAGGUUUAUGAUAUCAAGCAUUUGAUGAAAUUCUGCGAUUCUCUCUAUGGCGGUCUUGAUAAGAUUGGGCAGAUUCUCAAAGUGGAUCGAGUGGCGGGAAAAUCACAUCAAGCUGGCUCUGAUAGUUUGCAUACAAUGCAAGUGUUUCAGAAGAUCAAGGACGUUUAUUUUAAGAACGAUGGCCAUAAGAAACACGUAAAUGUCUUGUAUGGGCUGGAGAUAGAAUUCAAUCCUAGUUUGAACCACUUGUAUCCUCCACCCACCCAAACGUGUUCGAGUCGGGUAGUGCCACUUUACUACAUUCCCGCACACUCGAAUAUGAUGCCUCUAUUCAAAUAUGUACAAUUUGGUUAA